AUGAGGUCCUGUCCAAAAUGUAAGUCCAACGAGUACACAAACAGAUCCCUGGUGAUGAUGAUCAAUGAAUGCGGACAUCCGUUGUGCCAGAACUGUGUCGAUAACAUCUUUGCCCGCAAUGCCAACCGCUGCCCGUAUGAUGGAUGCGAUAGGAUGUUGAAGAAGAACAACUUUUGGGAGCAAGUCUUUGAUGAUCCAAGAAUAGAGAAGGAGAAUUACAUAAGAAAGAAAGUUUUGAAGGUGGGUGCUGAUAUUGGUUGAGUUUAUUUUUAGGUUUAUAAUUUGAUGGAGGAUAACUUCAACAGUCUCCAAGAAUAUAACGAUUACCUGGAACACGUAGAAGAAAUAAUUUGGAAAUUGGUCCACAACGAGGAUGUUCAAAGUGUUGAGGAGGAGAUGGCUAGAUUCAAGGAGAAGAACUUCGAACAAAUUGAGCGUAACAAGAGGAGGUUAAAUCCGGAUGACCAAUGGAUAAAGGAGAUCUUGGACGAGGAGGCUAAGGCGGCUGCUCUGAAACAAUCUGAUCCUACAACUGAUGUGAGUAAAUGGGAAUUUUUGAUUGUCAUUGGUUUAGUUCAACGCCAUUCUGGAUGAGAUUCAUAGCAAGCCCAGAUCUAUUAUCAGCGAGCUCAGAGAUUCGGAUUUGCCGGCUGAAAUGAUUCUUGACCGCGAAAGAAAGGUGCAGAUCGAACAUGAACUGGCUGAGAAGGAAGAACGUGAGAGGAAAAAGAAAGAGAAAUCAAGUAGGAGGUCUAGCAAUAUUAAAGAUCAAAUUUAGUAUAAAAUUUAAAUUUUUCUUCUUUUAGAUCGCCGUCGGGUUGCUCAGGAUACUGCUUCAUUUGGAACCAUCAGAGUUGCCGGUGCUGCUUACAUCCACGCAUCUCCUCUUUUACCCAUCAAUGGACCUCCGAUGCCAGCCUUCGAGGAUAUGGCCACCGUUGGAUAUCUUCAAAAUGUCCGCAAACCCAAUGACGCUUCAUUGGCUGGCGGAUUUAGAGCGGAAUUGGCGUGUGCUAGGGCCUUGUUUGAACUUCGUUGGGACUUCAACCUUAUUGUUUAG